UAAGUUACAAAAAUUUUUAACUACAACAAAAUUAGAAGAUCUGUUUCUGAUUAAUUCCAAUAUUCAUAAGGAUAAACCGAUGUUAAAAUAAACCAUGAUAUAACGAGACGAGACAAAAAAAAAUCGCAGGACGUCAAUCACUAGCUGCCGACGCUUGUGCGCGUAAUGGCGUCGCUCCGCGAUUUCCCAAUGGAAAAAUUAAGAUAAACCAGUUAAAACAUUAUUUUCUACGUAUUAAGUCUAGUUAGUUAACCAAUUGUAUCAUGAUAAUAGUAUAUUCAGUGAAAAUAAUAGAUUAUUUGUGAGAAUGACGGCGAAAUCGUCUGAUUGGCGACCGGGGCCCUCGGUUUGCCGAUGUUGUUUCGCCGAAGGGUGUUACAAAGACAUUUCUACUGAAUAUUUUUGGAUGGGAAAACGAGAAGUGUACCAAGAAAUGCUGUCGACCACUUUUGAUGUAUCUAUAUCAUACGCCCAAUCGGGCGGUCCAAACAGCAACAGCCGACUGAUCUGCGAACCCUGCAUCGCCCGGUUGCGUGAUGCGUCCGACUUCAAGCGCCAGGUGCAGGAGUGCGAGCGAGUUUUCCACCAACACUUGGAUCCAACCAGUUCUGUCAGCGAGUUGGAAGCAGUAGUGGUGGAGCCACCAGGCAAGGAAGUGAAGCUGGAGCGAGUGAAGGUCGAGUCCAAGUUAAGCGAUGACGAGGACUUUGACGACCACGCCUUUGUCGAUGAUGAUGAUGAUGACCUGGACGACCAGCCCCUAACGGCACUAGCCACCAAAGUCCCCAAAAAGGAGUCCGUCGAUCUGAUGGACUUACUCGACAACGCUAAGCCCGAGAAGAGGAAAGCCGCGGCUAAGCCGAAGACUCCUCCAGCGAAGAAGGCUAAGAAGAAGGAAUCCCCCAAGCCUUCAGCAAGCAAGCCUGCGCCCAAGCCGGUGGAGAAGAAGCGGAAAGGUGAAGAAGUCCUCGGAAAUCAGAAAAUACAGAAUCGUUUACGCAAAUAUAUACCGAGGCAAAACGCAAAGGCCGUUUUACAAUAUUCCACCGUGUACCCCUUCAGACUGUGGAAUGGUGUGAUGGUAUGCAUCUACUGCUUAGAACAGCAUGAGGAUCCCGACGAGUACAGGAGGCAUAUAGACACCGAGCAUCCGGACGCCAAUGUUUCCGUCGCCUAUGCUCACUGCAGAACUAGACAGUUAAUGAAAGUUGACUGUACAAAUCUGAAGUGCAGAAUAUGCUCCGAACCAUUUGAAACUAUCGAGGAAGCUGCUAAACACAUUAAAAUAAAUCAUGACUGUCCAAACAUAGAUUUGACCCAUGACGUUGCUAUGCAACCGUACAAGUUGGUCAAGGGAAGAUUGGCUUGCGUUUUAUGCGGCAAAAAGUUUCCAACAUUGGCGACGCUGAAUCGGCACAUGAAUUCACAUAAUUAUAAAUAUACGUGUGACGUCUGCGGCAAAUGUUUUUUGGACAACACCCAGCUGAAGCGCCAUGUCCUUUUCAGACAUUCGGGGAAGUAUAUGUGUAGUAAAUGCAACCAAGAGUUCCCUAACGCUAUAGUUAAGCUGGAUCACGUGAAGUCAUGCAGAGGGAAUUACGUCGUUUGUGUCACCUGCGGCAUCAGUGUCAUAUCUCAUGAGGUUUUAGAAAAACACAAUGAGGAGGUACACGGGAUUCCCAAGAAACUUCACUGCUGUCAAGAAUGCGGCGAGAAAUUCGACACUAAAAAGGCGUACUUCAAACACUAUAGACUGUAUCACCCAGAUGAGUGUUACACUUGUGAUUGUUGCGGGUUGCAGUUUGAGAAGAAGUCCAAAUUGGAAGAGCACGUUUUGAGGCGUGCAGGGGUACGGCCCCAGUGUAAGGUUUGCAGAAAACAGUUUGAGCUGAGCGCUAGCUUAGUUCGUCAUGUGAAGAGGUAUCAUCCGGAAAUGCUACCAGUUGAAGCGCACACACCCGUUAAAUGUCUCCCUGAUAGAGUAUUUCAAUGUGACAUUUGUUCAAAGUCGUUUCCUCUCAAGAAACGAUUGAUCGGCCACAUGUGGACACAUAGUGAUAAGAAGAAGUACUCGUGUCCCGCUUGCAAGAAACAAUUGUCGCAGAAAAGUUCUUUGAUUCGUCACAUGAAGGCGUUUCAUCCGCAGGAUGAAGAGAGAUGGAGGGGUGUUAAAAAGUUUUACUGCGACAUUUGUGUUAGGUCGUUUGAUUCUGUUGCAUAUUUGAAUAGACACAAGAAGAUUCAUAGCGAGAACAAGCAGAUGUUUCCGUGUGAUAUUUGCAACAAACAGUUUAGUGCGAGAAAUAGCAUGCAGUUGCAUAGGAAGACAGUUUGUCUUAAAAAACUCGCAAUUCAGUCUAUUAGUAAUUUACAAUGAUUUUGAGAUGUUAUUCUUUCUAUUAGAUUUGGAUACUAAAAACGGAAAUAAACAUGGAAGCAGUCUCUUUAUACUAGCUGCAGUUGAUUAUUGACGCCAAAACUCACGCAAAACCAAACACAUUCACACGCAGUAGCAAAAUAGCCGUACACUGCAAUAAUAAAAAAUACCAUAACGGCCUUCGUGGUCCAUUGGUUUGAGCUUUGAGCUCACCCGGGUUCAAAUCCCGGUGAGGACAUAUCACAAAAAUUACUUUGUGAUCCCUAGUUUGGUUAGGACAUCACACCUGAUUGUCCGAAAGUAAGAUGAUCCGUGCUUCAAAAGCCACGUUAAGCUGUUGGUCCCAGUUACUUACUGAUGUAAGUAAGUAGUCGUUACAUGAGCCAUGUCAUGGAGCCGGCUCAAUAGUAACCCUGACACCACGGUUGAUGGGGUUGGUAAUCCAAAGAAGAAAACAUGUUAAUGUUAUUCAUUUUAUGUCGCUAUUUGUCUGUGCUUAGCCACUUACGCCGUUUAGUAAAUAAGUUUACAUACCGGUAAGUGACAAAAGGCGCGCGCCGCUUUAUACCUUUAUAACACAGCAAUAAACGCCAGGUAUGAAGGUAUCAUUUUGAAUUUCCGCCCUCCGCGGUACGAUUUUGGUUGCGUCAUUUUUGAACCACAAGAAUGCUUCCAUGUUUAUUUUCGUUCAUCGCUUGAUUAUCAUUAUUUUAUUUCAUAAUUACUUUUUUGCUAGUAACGUACCCUAAUAGAACUACAUAUGAGUUCAGAACUAUUGAAACCAUUGAUAGUAUCGAUAGCACCUACUUGAAAUACUACCCACAGGUAAUUAAAACACAUAAUGACGGGUUCUUACCGCGUUUAAAUCAGGGAUAUGAGACUCCCGAUAUUUCGACACUGUUGCAAGUGCCAUGAUAACGGGAUGACUGAUGAGAUUGGAGUGGAGUGUAUUCUUUUAGGUGGGUGGAUAUGUGUUUAUAGUUCUUGCAUUAGUCGAUAGUAUUGCUUUGUGACGAUAUUGGCGCUGAUUUCAGUACACACCGUCCAAUUAUUUUAUUUUAAAUUAUUCCUGUCAUUUUCUUAUCUGCCGACAAGGGACGGGUAAUCGACAGGCAUAAAAUUUAUGGAACACACGUCAAUUUUAGGUAGAAAUUUAAAAAGCUCUCCCAAAAUUUUAUUUGGGCCAAUAACCCGACAGAAUUAUGUUAACAACGUCAAACGGUUUGCAUGCCAGCGAGAUACAUAUUUGAUUCGCCCGAGUUAAAACUAACAGUUGUCAAUCAUCUGUCCCUUUCCAUUUCGGCGGAUAAGAAAAGGACAGGUAAGUUUAAUAAUUUAAAAUAAAAUUAGGUGUUUUUUUAUUCCUGAAUAGGGGCCAGUAAAUGAUUAUAAUUUUAAUUAUAUUUUCUAAAGUACUUAUGUUUCUUGUGUAUUAUUUUAGUUUUGUUUUCAAUACGGUGUUGCCUUUAAAUAAAUAUAGU